AAAAAAGGCCGACUAAAAACUACUCUCUCUACCGAGAAAUUCUCUAAUUGGGGUGGGAUAUUGAGAAUUUCCAGCAUACAAAGAUGGCAUCUUGUUUCAGAUCCAAAUUGUCAACUGUGGGACGUUCGUUGUUGGGGAGUCUUGGCAACAACUCUGGUUUAUUCAGAACAUCAAAUGAGAUGAUGGAAAUGAUGACUUGCAAACAUUUUUAGCUCAGGAAAUCUUUCCACAAACAUAAACUUGUGAUCCUGUUGUACAUAUCCAACGUAUGUAUGCAAUCUACGGGCACAUGUUUGGUUAAACUCUUACUUAGCCUAGUAAGUAAGAGCAAAAGGCAGCAAAGAACGUUCAUACAAAUGGGGACCAUACUUAAAGUUGUUGAUAACUCGGGUGCAAAACUUGUGGCGUGCAUUCAAGCCGUGAAAGGAAAGAAGGGAGCAAGGUUAGGAGACACAAUUAUCGCAUCAGUGAAAGAAGCUCAACCUCGUGGCAAAGUGAAGAAAGGAGACGUCGUCCGUGGUGUUGUUGUGCGUGCAGCCAUGCAACGAGGCCGUUGUGAUGGGAGUGAGAUAAGGUUCGAUGAUAAUGCAGUAGUCCUUGUCAACAAGGAGGGUGAGCCAAUCGGAACUAGAGUUUUUGGACCAGUACCGCAUGAGUUGAGGAAGAAAAAGCAUGUAAAAAUUCUUACUUUGGCAGAACAUAUUGCCUAAGCUUAGAAGUUUUCCCUAGGUCAGGAUGAUUAUGUUGCUCCUGUUUUUAGAAAUACACCAGUCCAUUUUGAAGCGUACGACUCUUUCAAGCCAGACUUUUGUUUGAUGCUAAGAAUUAUUGGUGCCAAUUCAAAAUAACAAUUUUCUC